AUGUUCAUCCAUUCAUUGGUACCCUUGCUCCUUUGUUUCUCUGCGCAACUUGUCAGCGUCUCGUCGUCUCCAGUUGUUGUCGAACGCGCAGCUUCGACAUGUUCUGCAAACGAUAUCGCCAUAGUGAAACGUACGGCUCCGGCUGACCCCGUAUACUUUUGUCAAUGGUGGCAGCAAGAUGUACGCACUAGAUCGCCUUUCAUGGAAUUUACUCCGACUCAAGUCGAUACCCUUUGCAAAUGCAUUUCGCCCAUAGCAACAACGGGACCUAAGUGCAAACGCAAGCUCAGGCGAUCAGAAAUCGAGGAAAGAGCAGCAGAUCCCAAUGCCGGUCGUUCCGCAUCCUCCUGCAGUGCUGAAGUCAGCGUCCAAUUCACUGAACCAUGGCGCUUCUGUACCUUCUACACUGCCUACCCAAGAACCACAUCACCAUUUAAGAAGUAUACUGCUUCUGCUUUGACAAGUCUAUGCAAAUGCGCAAUCACAAAGCCUUCUACUACAACGAGCAAGAAGGUUACCACCACCUCAGCUUCUAAGAAGGUCUCUACCACGUCAAAGAAGACCAGCACAACUAGCGUAAAGCCGAUUACCACAUCCAAGAAGACUUCAACGACAAGUACCAAGAAGACAAGUACUUCGACCAAGCCAGCAACUGUGCAGAAGCCGGCAACAACCAGCAGCAAAAAGCCGACAACUACUAGCACCAAGAAACCCACAACCACCAGCACCAAGAAGCCGACCAGUACCAGCACCAAGAAAGUUACAUCGACAAGCACCAAGAAGUCUACUAUCACAAGCACCACUAAAAAACCAUCAACCACUAGUUCAAGGAAGACAACUUCGAGCACAAAGCGAGCUACAACAACAAGCUCGAAGAGAUAG